CUGUCACUUCAUUUGAACAAAUACGGCACAUUCUACCAUUAAACGUCGUGUUUUUGUGGCCAAAUAUUGUCUGCUGCGAAGAUAGGAGUUGUUUUUCAUAUUCUACAUGAGGAAGGGAUCCGUAUUUAGCUUUCAAGAAGAUAUUUGAAGAAACUGCCUGGUGAGUUAAAGGUUGACUGACAUGGCAGCCAAUGGAGACAGCUGUGAAAAGCCUCAAAGACGCACAGGAGCUAAAGAGAAACAGAAUGGAAGAUCUACAGACUCGAUAAUAAGAGAGAGGCGGCAGAGGGAUAAGGAGGAGCGUCUUUCACUUGUGUUAUGGAGGAGACCUGUUACCACACUCCAUUACUUCUUCCUUGAGUUCUUCAUCAAGCUAAAAGAGUGGACGUUGAAGCUCUGGCAACGACGAGGCAUUGUAUUCCUAGUUUUGGUGUUAUGUUUUCUCGUCUCUGUCGCCUAUUCUAUUGAGGGAGAACACCAAAAAUAUGUCCAGUACCUGGAGAAGAGGUUUCUGUGGUGCGCGUAUUGGGUAGGUCUAGGUAUCCUGUCUUCUGUCGGCCUUGGGACUGGUCUGCACACCUUUCUUCUCUAUCUGGGUCCUCAUAUAGCAUCAGUGACAUUGGCAGCGUAUGAGUGCAGCUCAACAGAUUUCCCAGAGCCUCCGUACCCAGACCAGAUUGUGUGUCCACAACUUGUCGGGGAGGAGGGAAGCGUCUCGCUUUUCUCCAUCAUGUCAAAGGUCCGCCUCGAGGCAUGCAUGUGGGGUGCAGGCACCGCCAUCGGUGAGCUGCCUCCGUAUUUCAUGGCCAGAGCAGCACGUCAGUCGGGGGCUGAUCCUGAAGAUGAAGACUACGAGGAAUUUGAGGAGAUGCUGGAGCAAGCUGAGAGUGCACAGGAUUUUGUCACCAGAGCAAAACUGGGAGUGCAACACAUGGUGCAGAAAGUGGGAUUUUUUGGGAUCUUGGCUUGUGCCUCGAUCCCAAAUCCGCUUUUUGACUUGGCGGGAAUCACCUGCGGACACUUCUUGGUUCCAUUCUGGACUUUCUUUGGGGCGACGCUCAUCGGGAAAGCCAUCGUCAAGAUGCACAUACAGAAGCUGUUUGUGAUCAUCACCUUCAGCAAACACAUCGUGGAGCAAAUGGUGUCCCUCAUUGGGUCUAUACCCAAAGUUGGACCAUCACUCCAGAAGCCCUUCAGUCAUUACUUGGAAGCACAAAGAAACAAGCUGCAUCAUGGUGAAGGAAGGGCACAAUCAGAUGAGAACUGGCUGUCAUGGCUGUUUGAGAAGCUGGUGCUGGUCAUGGUCUGCUACUUUGUCAUCUCCAUCGUCCACUCGAUGGCUCAGACCUAUGCCAAGCGCCUGCAGCAGCAGAAGCACUCAGAAGAGAAGACCAAGUGAAUUUGAGGAAACGGUAUGAAAAUACCCAAGGAAGUGAUUGCUGCGGCCGUUCGGCGGCGUGCACUCACUUAGAAACAAACAUCUUCACGUCCAUGCUCAGAGGCCGACUUACUCAAAAUCAAGACUUUUGUCCGCUCUGUGCGUGUGUGCUGUUUUAAAUCAUUUGUCCUCAC